CAGCCGUGCGGGCGCCGCGGCUUCGAGCCCCGCUGCGGCGGAGCCGGUACCGGGAGGUUUAAAGGGACCGCAGCCCCGGGGAUGCUCCAGCAACUACGGAGCCCCGGUGAAAGGGUUUCCCCGUAUCGUAUGACCCCGCCUCCCGUUGCACGCAUCCCUCCAGCCCCGCCUGUUUGACGCCACUUCCUGCGGGAGGUGUCGGGGAGCGGAGUUCCCGCUGGUGCCGCCGGUACCGGGAGGAACCGAACCGGUCAUGGUGGUGCUGCGGGGCGGAGCGGGGGCGGAGGAGCCCUACCCGAGGAUCGAGGACUGCCUGCCGCCGCUGGAGGACUCUCCAUCCAAGAGGUUCUCCCCCUCCAAGCGAAAGCAGUAUUAUAUCAACAAAGCCAUCCGCAACUCGGACCUCAUCCCCAAGGCCAAGGGCCGCAAGAGCCUGCAGAGGCUGGAGAACACUCGCUACCUGAUGACGCUUCUGGAGCGAGAUGAGUGCGGGAGCGACGAGGGAGAGCUCGCCCACUCCGCCACCCCGAGCAUCUUCACCGAAGCCUGCAACAAUGAGAGCUACGUGGAGAUCUGGAAUGACUUCAUGAACCGCUCAGGAGAAGAGCAAGAGCGAGUCCUGCUCUACCUGGAGGAGGAGGCCAGGAAGAAGCACAAGAGGAAGCCCAUCAAAAACGAAGACAAGUGGAAAGAGCACCCUGCCUACACGCCCAAGGAGUGCUUCCAGCGCAUCAGCCGCCGCCUUCGCUCCACCCUGAAGCGGGGUCGGAUCCCCAUGGGGACGCUGGAAGGGCUGGAGGAGGAGCUGCUGGGCUUCUUCUCCGUCACCCCUCACUCCGUCUACACCGCGCUGAUGGAUAACAGCUUUGAGCGACUCCUGCUCCACGCGCUCUGCCAGUACAUGGACCUCGUCUCUGCCAGUAAGAGCCUCGUGGUUGGUUGGUUGGUUCAGACAUCGAAGGGAAACGUCAAAUGAAAGUGAGCAACAAACACCGCGUCUUCCUGCGCCCCGAGCUCCUGCUCUCAGACUACCUGGAGCAGAUGAGCUGAUGCUCUGAGGGACGCCCUACGCUGACCUCUGUGUGCUGAAGGCUUCCAUCAUCCGCUCCUGGUUUUUCCCACCCUGUUGGCCCUCGGGAUCCAGCCCGUUCGCCUGCUUCUCCGCUUGCCCGAGCUGAGGGCAGCGUGGACCUCCUCCUCCUCAAAGGGCUCAUCCUUUCCUCUCCUCCAGGAUGGGUGAUGGAGCCGAGCCUUCGGGAUGCGGGAAUUCACGCCUGCGUUGGCAGAUAGCGCCCAGAGGCGUGGGGCCAAGCAGGUGCCUAUCAUCUGCCUCGCUCUCCCCACCCCUGUUCUCCGAUUUGCUUCCCAACCGGAAUUCUGCUCUCCGUGGAACUAUUUGUGUGUCUAUUUAUAACCCAGGUGCUUUUCAGAAUCAUCGGGGUUGGGCCAAACCCGCUGAUGGGGUGAUGUGGGUUUUUUUUGUCCAGAUUUUUCGGCGCUGAUGCAGCUCCUCGCGGCCGCUGAGCAAACGCUGAGCGAGCGGAAGAGCCUCGGGGUUGUUGUAUUCCUCGGGAGCACCCACAGUUCCGUGCCCGGGAUGGGGUGUUGGGGCUCAGCUCCUUCCAGGGUGGGUUAUAGGGAGCUCCUGGGUGUUUUGGUGCCCUCGCAGCCUGUGUUAGGGCUGGUUUUAAUUGUAAUAUAUCUUGGUUUUUAAUUGUGAGUGUGAGUGUGAGUGUGUGCUGGAGGGGUGCAGCCUGCGUGCCACUGGGGCACAGAAUGGGUGUCCCCAUGUGUCCCUGUGCGUCCAGGGGUUCACCACAGUGGGGGACCCUGCUCUGGGAACCCCCAGAGGGGGCAGAGCCCCUCAUCCUUUGUCAUCUGCUGGGGUCUUUGUGGCUCUGCACCCCAUCCUUUGUCACCUGCUGGGGUCUUUGUGGCUCUGCACCCCCAUGCCUUGUCACCUCCUGGGGGGUCUUUGCUGCUCUACCAUGAUGCCAUUGACCGAGGAGGGUCCCCCAGGGCUGUCUCCUGGAGGGUGUGGGGGGGAGCCCCCCGCCCCCUUAAGCCACUUUUGUGACUGGGGAACAAUAAACUGCGGUG